AGCGUCCUUGGAAAAUGCAAAUUUAUUCUUUUGUGAUUUUGGUCAGCACUUUUCAGUAAAUCCCAUACAGAAAUACAGAAAUGAUUGUGUUUCCAAAUAGUCAUAAAGUGUGUUCAGCCAAAAACAAUAUUUUAAAAAUUGGCCAACGGUCGGGAAUAUUAUGCUGGUUUCUUCGACUGCAUCACUGCAUCAAUUUGACAAGCGCCCGAUUUUCCACGAUGCAACGUAAUCAGACUUGAAUUAUGAUAUCUUAGACCGUGCACUGUCAUGGCGGCAGAUAUCUGCUCUCUAAAAAAAACAAACUUCAGAGACACCAUAGACACCCAAAUGAAGGGAAUGCUCCAAUCUCGUUAUAGUCGAGCGCGUUCGCAGCCUUUCCCUCCUUGUCCCUCCUUUAGUUUUUAUAUUGAGCAAAAUGGUGCGCUCCAUAGUGAAUCUAAAUUAUUACAUCAAAGGUGACAGUCUUGGGUAUUAGAAUUUAAGUCUGUGGUUUAAAAAAAACAGAAUAAUAUAACAUAGCUUUUAUAAUGAGCAUAGUAUUGCUAUGAUGAUAAAACCGCCUUAUUCCAGCAGAGUAAUUAUGCAAGAGGAGCAAAAGUCCCAUAUUAUCAUUGUGGUUUCAUAACGCAGAAACACGGUGGUCAGCGGGUUUGGAUUACUACUAACUUUUCAUGAAGAUUUAUAGUCAAAGUUCUUUGACUCAGUAUAAUAUGAAAUACAUGUAGAUAUUUUUACCGUCGAUUUGUCACUUUCUAAAAAUGAUAUAUUGUGGGUAAACUAUUAGAAUACACAAGGCUAUUCCAAAUUUGUACGAAACCAGUUUUGUCCUACAAUGUUCGGACAACACAAAUUCCCCUUCAACUUCCAUUCCUAUUUAACUUAAUAGAUUAUACAAAUACCAAAACGAGUGUUGAACGAAAAACAAAAAUUCCAUCAAAAUUGCCAAAACUACGGGAAAAUGCCGAUUUCUUUGGUUUCAUUAUUCUGACGAACGCCUGAUUUCACCUCGAUGCCUUCGUUCGUUAGUAGGCUCCGUGCAGUUCACUAUUUAUUAUUGCCCAGGCUAACUCUUCAACAUUCCAACCCUUUUUUAGCUUGUUAGAUAGUUUUCAGAACAAGCUUCAAUUUUACGGACUCUCAAAUAUUAACACAAGCUACUGCUGAUCUUUUCCUGCCUCAGUUGGAUACCCGUUUUCACCAGGGUGAAGAGAGGAAUAUUUGUGUAAAGUAUCUUCAACAACGACACAACGUUGUGCACAGAAUAGGGUUUGAACCCGCUACUGUACAGUUUAGAGUCCGCCAUCCAACCAUCAGACUACAAAUUGAUCACUUUUCAAAUUGGGUGACUAAGACUAAGAGUAAGAAUAUCUGAGAAGCACGGUCCAAAGGUUGUAUAGGUUGGGGGGGGGGGUAUAAAAAGACUUUAAUUUACAAUAAGAAAUACGAAUAUGGUUCAUAAUGCUUCACGGUAAGCUAAGAAUGUUUCCGAGUGUUCUAUGGUCUGCUGGGGUGAUAAUAAUAAUACAGUGUAAAGCACAUAGAGCUUGCUGUUGAGCUGGGGUAUGCACUAUACAAAUUUUAAUGCUAUUUAUUAUUACUUAUUAUUAUAUGAAUACGUCUUGACAGGUUAAGGCUGCGACGUCUAUUGGAGAGAACCCGCUGACGUCGGCAAGAUCAGUGGAAACGCUGACGUCAUCACAAACAUUUCUCUCACCCAUACUGGACGUCCGCCAUAGCUACUCAAGAGAUCUUAGCCUAAAGUUUGAACAAGAAACCACUCGUAGGUCAAUCGCAGAUGAAUUUAGAAAAGGCGUUUCACAAGACACAGGGAAAAGCUACACAUCUUGGAAUUACAGAUCUGAUUUGACUGACAGAUCUAGGGAUAGCAGAAGUGAUUCGGUCGACGCAUUUAGGGAAAAUAGACAUAACCAUGUUGGGACUAGAGAUAACAAACGUGAUUCUUUUGAAAGUAGAGAAAAUAGACGUGAUUCGGUUGAGUAUAGGAAUAACAAGCGCGAUACAAUAGAAUAUAAGACUGACCAGCAUGAUUCGAUUGACACCACUCGGGAAAAUAGACGCUAUUUGAUUGACACCAGGAACAACAGACAUGAUUUUGUUGAAAAUAAAAAUAACAGACGUGAUUCGGUUGAUACCUCCCGAGACAGCAGACGUGAUUUAGUUGGGACUUCGGAUAGCACAAAUGAUUCAGUUGAGACUAGGGACAAUAGACAUGAUUCAGUUGAGAGUAGAAAUAAUAGGCAUAGUUUGUUUGACACCAGUAGGGAUAACAGACGUGAUCUGGUUAACAACAGACGCACGAUGGACGCGAUAAACAGGGAUAACAGGCUUGACAUGAAUGAGAUAAACAGAGCCGACAGCCGUGACGUGGACGAGAUCAAAAACAACAGGCGUGACAUGAACGAGAUCAGAGACAACAGACGUAAAGUGAAAAAGUUCAACGGGGAUGAGACCAGAUACAGCAGACGUGACACGAUCGAGACCAACAGAGACAGCAGGCGUGAUAUGGAUGAGAUAAGAAGAGACAACAGACAUGAAGUGAACAAGCUAAACAGAGACGAGAUUAGAGACAACAGGCGGGACAUGGAUGAAAUCUACAGAGACAACAGGCGUGACAUGAAAGAGCUCAGAAACUACAGGUGUGACCUGAGCGAGAUUAGAGACAACAGGCGUCACGUGAAUGAGGUAAGCAGAGAUGACAGGCAUGACACAAACGAGAUCAGAGAUGACAGACAUGAAGUGAACAGGGUAAGCAGAGAUGAGAUCAGAGACAACAGACGUGAAGUGAUGGUGCCCAGCAGAGACAGCAGACGUGACAUGAUCGGGAAGAGAGACAACAGGCGUGACAUGAAUGGGAUAAACACAGACAACAGGCGUGACAUGGACGAGAUCAGAAACUACAGACGUGAAGUGAGCGAGGUAAACAGAGACGAAAUCAGAGACAACAUGCGUGAGAUAAAGGAGGUUAACAGAGACAACAGGCGUGACCCAAACGACCUUAGAGUCAACAGACAUGAAGUGAAUAGGGUAAGCAGAGAUGAGAUCAGAGACAACAGACGUGACAUGAUCGCGAGCAGAGACAACAGGCUUGAUAAGAACGAGAUCAGGAGCAACAGACGUGACAUGAAGGAGAUAAGCAGAGACGAGGGUCAUGACUUGAACGAGAUCAGAGACAGCAGACAUGAAGUGAACAAGGUGAACAGAGACGAAAUCAGAGACGACACUCAUGAGAUGAACAAGGUUAACAGAGACAACAGGCGUGACAUGGACGAGCUCAGAAACUACAGGCGUGACCUGAGCGAGAUCAGAGACAACAGGCGUGACAUGAACAAGGUUAACAGAGACGACAGUCGUGACUUGAACGAGAUCAGAGAUGACAGACAUGAAGUGAACAGGAUAAGCAGAGAUGAGAUCAGAGACAGCAGACGUGACAUGACCAGGAACAGAGACAACAGAUUUGAAAUGAAAGAGAUCAUGCGCAACAGGCGGGACUUGGACGAGAUAAGCAGAGACAACAGGCGUGACAUGAAUGAGAUCAGCAGAGACAACAGUCGUGAUAUGGACGAGAUCAAAAGCAACAGACGUGAAGUGAACAAAGUAAAUAGAGACGAAAUCCGAGACAACAUGCGUGUGAUGAUCGGUAACAGGGACAACAGGCAUGACCUGAAUGAGAUAAGCAGAGAAAACAGUCGUGACUUGAACGAGAUCAGAGACGACAGACAUAAAGUGAACAGGGUAAGCAGAGAUGAGAUCAGAGACAACAGACGUGACAUGAACGAGAUUAACAGAGACAACAGGCGUGACAUGGACGAGCUCAGAAACUACAGGCGUGACCGGAGCGAGAUCAGAGACAACAGGCGUCACAUGAACGAGGUUAACAGAGACAACAGGCGUGACACCAACGAGGUUAGAGUCAACAGACAUGAAGUGAACAUGGUAAACAGAGAUGAGAUCAGAGACAACAGACGUGACAUGAUGGUGGACAGCAGAGACAGCUGGCAUGGUAUGAACGAAGUCAACAGAGACAAUAGGCGUGAAAAGAUCAAGGUCACUAGAGACAGCAGACGUGACGUGAUCGAGAACAGAGACAAGGUGCGUGAUAUGAAAGAGGUAAACGGAGGCAAUAGGCGUGACACAAAUGAGAUGAAUAGAGACAACAGGCGUGACAUGAUCGAGGUUAACAGGGACAAUAGGCGUGAAUUGAACGAGAUAAACAGAGCCAGCAGGAUUGACAAGAACGAGAAACGAAACAACAGACGUUUAGAAAAGGAAAUAAACAGAGAAAACAGGCGUGAUAUAAACGAAAUGAAAAGAGACAAGAAACGGGACAUAAACGAGAUCAGAGAAAACAGUCGUGACAUGAACAAGAUCAGAGACAACAGGUGUGAUAUGGACGAGAUUAGAAACAACAAGUGCCAACUGAACGAAGUAAACAGAGACACCAGACGUGGCAACGAUAAAAUCAGGGAAAACAGGCGUGACAUAAACGAAAUAAACAAAGACAACAGGCUUGAUACGAACGAGAUAAAUAGGGACAGCAGGCUUGAUGUUAGCGAGGUAAACAGAGGCAACUUGCGGAAAGCGUUUAAACUGACAAUAGUUAACAGACUUGGGGCGUCAGUAAGACGCCGAGACAGCCAGCGUGACUCGUUGCAAGCUUCUUCUGUAAUGAGACGUGACAUGUUUGAGGGGUUGAGGGGCAACACUCGUGACAUGUUUGAGGGGACGAGGGAUAACAGACGUGACAUGUUUGAGGGGAGGAGGGACAACAAACGUGACAGGUUUGAAGGAAGGAGGGACGACACACGUGACAUGUUUAAGGGGACGAGGGAUAACAGACGUGACAUGUCGGAUGAUAUUAGACAGGGAAAACGAGACAUGUCUGGCAUGACGAGAAACCUCAGACACGGAAUGUUUUUGUUAACCCGCGACGAGAGACGUGAGGAGUCUGAUUCUACCAGACUUUACGGCCGUGACACACGUGAUACCAUACGAGACAACAGGCGUGACGUGCGAGAUGAAAACAGAGACACUAGACGUGACAUGCGUGAUGAUACGAGGGACAAGAGACGUGACGUAGAUGAAACCGUAAGAGACAAGAGGCGUGACGUGCGUGAUACUGAACAAAACAAUAGACGUGAUGACUUGCGUGAUAUUGAACGAAACAAUAGACGUGAUGACUUGCGUGAUACUACAAGAGACAAUAGACGUGAUGACUUGCGUGAUGCUACAAGAGACAAUAGACGUGAUGACUUGCGUGGUGCUACACGAGACAAUAGACGUGAUGACUUGCGUGGUGCUACACGAGACAAUAGACGUGAUGACUUGCAUGGUGCUACACGAGACAAUAGACGUGAUGACUUGCGUGGUGCUACACGAGACAAUAGACGUGAUGACUUGAGUGAUGCUACACGAGACAACAGACGAGACGUGCGUGAUUCAAUUACAUACAACAGACGUGUCAUAGAUGACACUACGACAGACGACCAACGUGACAUGCAUUAUCCUUCAAGAGACAACAGACGUGACACUCGUGAUGGUACGAGAGGAAACAGGCGUGGAAUGUUUGAUACUAACGAUUCUACAACAGACAACAGGCAUAGCAUGUUUGAUGCAGACAACAGACGCGACAUUCGUGACGCUACAGAAGAAAGCACACGUGGUGACACGCGGGAUGCUGCAAUAGUUAACAGACGUGAUAUGCGUGAUACUACAAUAGUUAACAGACGUGACAUGCUUGAUACAAGUGAUACUACAAGAGACAACAGACGUGACAUGCAAGAAUUUACGACAGACAACAGACAUGACAUGUACGAUACUACAAGAGACAACAGGCGUGACAUGCAUGAUGCAAUGACAAACAACAGACGUGACAAGAGUGAAACUGCAAGAGACAACAGGCGUGACAUGCAUGAUUUUACGGCAGACAAGAGACGUGACAUGCACGAUACUACAAGAGACAACAGGCGUGACACGCGUGAUGCUAUGACAGACAGCAGACGUGACAUAAGUGACGCUACAGGAGACAGCAGACGUGCCAUGCGUGAUGAUGCAAGAGACAACAGACGCAAUGUGUGUGAUGGUGCUUCAGAUGGCAGACGUGAUAUUUGUGUUACUGCAAGAGACAACAAUCGUGAUGUUCUUGACUCUGAAAGAUACAGCAGACGUAACAUGCGUGAUACUACUAGAGACAACAGACGUAGCAUGCGUGAUACUACAAGAGAGAACAGACGUGACAUGCAUGAUACUGCAAGAGACAAUGCACGUGGCACGCAUGAAAUUGCAAGGGACAAUAGACAUUUUGUUCAUGGUGUCAGUGAUACUACAAUCAAAACACGUGACGUGCGUGAUUCUGCAAGAGACUAUAGACGUGAUAUGCAUGGUAUUACAAAACAUAAUAGACGUGACAUGCGUGAUGCCACGAGAGACAACAGACGUGGCAUGCGUGAUGCUACCACAGAAUACAGACGUGGCUUUCGUGAUACUGCAUCGAACAACAGAGGUGACACGUCUGAAGCCACUAGACACAACGCCCGUGAUAUUGUUAGUUCGAACCAAGGCAGCAGGAGCAAUACCUCAGCAAUGCACAGACACAAUACUCCAUCCACUGUUGCUGAAACAAUUCAAGACGUUAGUACCAACAAACAAAGCAGGUACAGCAAUCUCCAAGACUUGGUCACGGGCAGCUCACUUGAAGUCUACAAAUAUCCAUACACCCUUGAAUUUAAAAAAAAAGUUAAAGUGUUCGUUUCGCUUGGUACUAAAAGUUUCAGUGAUUUUGUGCUCGUUGAAGACGACCCUACGCUGAAUAGUGGAAGUGACCAAAAUAUGAGGACGUCAGAAUCAAACUCGACUUCCGACCUUCGCAUCUGGAUCUCAAAGUCACCAACAUCUAAGACAUCUGACAUAGGCUCACGGCAAACGGCACUCUUUCUCGACGAUCUUGGAAUCGAAUUCAAGAGUGUCGUCGGCACAUACGAGAAUGUCGGAGAGCGACGUUCUCCAGUCUUCCUCUGGCACCAUGAUGUUCAGCGCUACCUACGGGAAGGGUUUUUCGGAGUUCUGGGAAUAGCAAGCCUGUAUAUGACCUCUUCAUCGUAUGGGAUCAAAGCAAAGCCCUUGUCUUGCUUGUAACCUACUCUCACUCAACUAGAGUAUACCAUUGGCUUUUAUCUAUCCAGGUAUAUACUAUAUAUUUACCCAUUAUAUCUAGGUAUAUACCGUAGUCCAUGGAAGAAUCUUCUCCUUCAGGCCUGGUUCUUGGCUGUCUUGACUGCCUCCCUACAACCAAAAAAGCAACUGUCUGGUCAGCUGAUUGUCGCUGUCUUGAAUUUGACAUUUGAUUUUUCUUUCUUUCCUGAAUUUGUUUUAAACAGAUUCAUGGUAUAUAUUUUUCUUGUCUCUUUCUAUUCCCCGUUAGGUUACACAGAGUCUUUGUUUCUUAUAUAAUAUUCCAUAAAGGGAGGGGCUUUUUAGGCAUGUACAAUUCUUACGUCGCCGGUUGGAAAUAGUUGUGAAUAGUGAAGAAUGCUACAUUUUCAUUAGUUAAAAUGUUCUGCUCUUUUAGAUAGUUAUCCUUAAUUGCAAAGCAAAUAUACUGUACUGUCAGUUUACCUUCUGCUCUACCUAAAGAGGUUUUCUUUCAUUUGAGCCUCACUGCCGUUGCAGGGUUUGGGGCUGUCAUAAGCUGUUGAGGGUUACACUCUUGCUUAAAACAAAGUGCACCAUUUGGGCAGAGGUGGGGAAAGCCAGCGACUUGAAAUCACUCAAGAGUGUUCAAAAAGCGGGAAAAGGAUACUUUCUGGAAUAACAAUAAAUACUCGUACAGUCUUCCUAUCUAUUAGUUUCAAAUAACUCAUCAUAAAUUUGGAGAACGCGCAAAGUUCUUAAAUCUCGUAUUGUUCUCUUGGCGUUUUGGUAAAUGAAAUUAAUGAAUUUAAUUCGAAAGCUAACAAAGUACACGUUAUUGGGAUAGUAGAUUAAUUCAGAUUCAAUUAAGAAUGAAUAACACGCACUUUAUUGGGAAAUUACUUGGGUUACAACAGCUAACAUACAAACAUAGAUAUAUGAUCAAACAGACAAAUAUGCAUACAUACAAACAAAAGAUUAUCCCAAGAUCAAAAUAGUUUGAAUUGUUUUACAUAUCAAGGCAUCCCAACAUCUGUCACAUUGACCAAAUUAAAUAUGCUCUUUUCAACUGCAUAAAACGGAUUUCUCUCCUGAGGAAAUUAGAACCGAAAAGCAAAAAGAGAUGCUUAAAAUGUCUGUACAUUGAAGAAACAGUGAAAAUAAAAUGGUGCGAAAACUUG